AUCUGCUUUGCUUGGACUUGACUGGGCGGCCCUGUGGUCUUGUUCCCAGCGCGAUCUGGGGAGUUUUCGGCUGAGCGUCGGUAUACCGCGCCACCCUGCCCCGAGCCUCUCGUUCGACUGGUGCCAUCUCAGUCAGCUACGAUCAUGCCGGCAUCCAGCUCGACUGGCGCGCAGGGCGCUCCCUCCCAAGCUUCGGGCUCUACGUCUACGCCGAAUAGUGCACUCACGGACAAGAAGUUCAUCGGCGCGGUUGAAGACGAGUGGAUCCUCUACAGUGACGAUCCACAAGACUACACCAUAGGCCCUGCAAUCGGCUUUGGCGCCUCCUCCAUCGUUUACCAAGCCACCUACCAUCCGAAGGGCACCCCUGGCUCGCCUCCCCAACCUCCAGUCCCCGUCGCCCUCAAAGUCCUCGAUCUCGAUUCCCUCCCCCCAAAUUCCCUCGCACUGCUGCAAAGGGAAACCACACUCAUGUCGCUUUCCAAACACCCGAAUGUUCUCCGCGUGCGCGGGUCCUGGAUGGACGGUCACAAGCUCUACAUCGCGAUGCGCCUCAUGAAUAAGGGAAGUGCCGCCGACGUCAUGCGCUACGGCUGGCCGGGCGGCAUGGAAGAGGAGGUCGUCCGCUGCAUUCUCCGACAAGCGCUGCAGGGGCUAAACUAUCUCCACAUCAACGGCUUCAUCCACCGCGACGUCAAGGCCGCUAAUCUCCUCAUGGACGACGACGGCACGGUGCUGCUGGGCGACCUGGGCGUCGCGGCGAACCUCGCGGAGGACACGUACUCGCCGAUCGGGAAGCGCAAGUCAUUUGUGGGAACCCCCUGCUGGAUGGCACCAGAAGUCAUUAAGGGACAACAAUACGACUCUGCCGCCGACAUCUGGAGCUUUGGCAUCACCGCGAUUGAGCUCACCCAAGGUCGCCCGCCACGCUCGAGAGAAGCGCCUUCGAAGGUUCUGAUGCGAACUAUACAAGAGGACCCACCCACCCUCGAUCGAGAUAACGGCGUCCACAAGUACUCGCGCGCCUUGAAGGAUAUCAUAGACAGCUGCCUGGUAAAGGACCCAAGCAAACGGCCGAGCGCAGAGCAGCUUCUUCAGACGCCGUUCUUCAAGAAUGCGAAAAAGAAGUCCUAUCUCGUUCACAAGAUCCUCAGUGAGUUUAACGUCUAA